ACCCUCCCCCCGCAUUUCGUCUCUUCUUUUAUCCUUUCUCCCUCUCUUUCUUCCUCUCCCUUUCUUUUAUCCUUUUCUCCUUCUAGCUCCCGCCCCGCGUGCCAUUCCCGGCGGAUAAUGAGCGCGUCAUUGGGUGCACCCCGACGACGAACCUCGAGCGAUCUCGAUCCGUACUCUGCCGCACACAUUUAUUAUGGAGACGAGGCCGAAUCCUUGAUCCGCAAUCAUGGUCGGAAUCGAACCUACUCCACGAUUGUGGACUCGCCGCAGGCGAAUACAACCCGCAAAGAAUUGAAAACACCAAUUCGACGUGGAAGUCACGAUGAAAAGUCCUUUAAGCCUCGCAAAUUCUUGAUUCCAGUCGAAUCUACUUUAAAUUCGUUGUUGGAAAAUGAGGAUACCGAUCGCAACUGGCAGAUUACCAUUGAUGAUUAUGGACCCAAGGUCCUUUCUCUGGGCACCGCUGCUUCCAAUGGCUACAACCACUUUGACGUUCGAGGCACUUAUAUGCUUUCAAACUUGCUGCAGGAGCUCACUCUGGCGCAAGAAUACGGUCGAAAAUAUAUUGUGCUCGACGAGGCCCGUUUGAACGAGAAUCCGGUCAAUCGACUCUCGCGUUUGAUUAAAAAUAGCUUCUGGGAUGGCCUGACACGCCGCAUUGACGGAUCCAAUAUUGCACGGGUUGGCAAGGAUCCCAAGGACUGGACCCCGGAUCCCCGCCCUCGCAUCUACGUUCCGCGUGGCGCCCCAGAGCAGUACGAAUACUACACCCGCAUUGCCAAGGAACACCCCGAGAUCCGCCUGGAUGUGCAGUUGCUCCCCGAAGAGGGCAUCACCCCCGAGUACGUGCGCGAUCUCAACAGCAAGCCCGGUCUUUUGGCCGUCGCCAUGGAGGAGUACGAGGAUGAAACGGGUAAGACCGAUCUUCGUGGACUUCCGUUUGUGGUGCCGGGUGGCCGAUUCAAUGAAUUGUACGGUUGGGAUAGCUACAUGGAGUCGCUGGGUCUAUUGGUCAAUGACCGCGUCGAUUUGGCCAAGUCCAUGGUCCAGAACUUUUGCUUUUGCAUUCGUCACUAUGGAAAGAUUCUCAACGCCAACCGCACGUACUAUCUCUGCCGAUCCCAGCCUCCGUUCCUCACCGACAUGGCGCUCCGAGUGUACGACCGCAUCAAGCAUGAACCUGGCGCUCUGGAAUUCCUGCGCCAGGCGGUCUUGGCGGCGAUCAAGGAGUACUAUACCGUCUGGACGGCGUUGCCGCGACUGGACCCAGAGACGGGACUGUCACGGUAUCGACCAGAAGGCUUGGGCGUACCUCCCGAGACGGAGGCGUCCCACUUUCUUCAUGUCCUCGAGCCCUACGCAGCCAAGAACAAUCUGACCUUUGAAGAAUUUGUUGAUGCCUACAACCAUAGACGAGUGUCUGAGCCAGAGUUGGACGAUUACUUUUUGCACGACCGAGCCGUGCGCGAAUCCGGUCACGACACCUCGUACCGUUUGGAGCGCGUGUGCGCGGAUCUGGCCACCAUUGACCUGAACUCGCUGCUGUACAAGUAUGAAACGGACAUUGCGCGCACGAUUCGAAGCUUCUUUGGCGACAAGCUCGUUGUGCCCGAGGAAUGGUGCGAGGGUCCGAUGAAGCCGAAUCAGGUUGAAACGUCGUCGGUGUGGGAUCGUCGGGCGAAGCGUCGCAAGAUUGCAGUCGACAAGUACUUGUGGAACGAGGAAAAAGGCAUGUACUUUGACUACGAUACGGUCAAGAAGGAGCAAACCACGUACGAGGCUGCCACCACCUUUUGGUCCAUGUGGGCUGGCCUUUCGACGCCGCGUCAAGCUACGUUGCUGAUUUCUCGCGCUUUGCCUCGAUUCGAAGCGUAUGGUGGCCUGGUUUCUGGUACAGAGGAGUCUCGCGGCGUCGUCGGCCUUGACCGUCCUAAUCGCCAGUGGGAUUAUCCGUUUGGAUGGGCGCCCCAGCAAAUGCUCGCCUGGACCGGGCUCAUUCGGUACGGGUACCAAGAGGAAGCGGAGCGAUUGGCCUACAAGUGGCUGUACAUGAUCACCAAGGCCUUUGUCGAUUUCAACGGUGUCGUGGUGGAAAAGUAUGACGUGACACGUCCGAUUGACCCGCACAAGGUCGAAGCCGAGUAUGGUAACCAGGGUAGUGACUUUAAGGGUGUCGCUCGCGAAGGUUUUGGCUGGGUGAAUGCUAGUUAUGUAUAUGGCUUGCAGAUUCUGAGCGCCCACAUGAGACGAGCCCUCGGUGCUUGUACGCCGUAUGAGACCUUUGCUUCGGCCAUUGAUACCUCGCUUGAAUCGGCAGUUUCCUGAGCGUUGUUAACUAAAUCAUUAAUUUGAGAUUGCGACGUUUUCAGGUUGAGACUGCAAGGAUGUAAAUGCCUACAGCUUGUCAUUCGGCGUUGUAGAUGCGGCUCUUUGUCUCUGUUUGUUUUAAAAUUGCUGCUCUGCUGCUCUGCUUGUCUGCUGCAUUGUCUGCUAUGCAUCAUAUCUUUACGAACUACUUGAGUGUUCUGGUUUUUUCAG